AUGAUUCGAAAGGAUCUAAAUAGUCCAUCAAUGUAUGAAACAGGUAUUGCUAUGAGUGAUCUUUCAUGUUUUAUCAAUAGUGAUCUUGUACGUGAUUUAGCUAAUGCUGUAAUGACGCUUGUGACAUCAACAAAACCAUAUAUUCUUCUUGUUCCAAUUUCAUCGGAUUUACCAAAUAAUAAUGCUUCAAUUCAACUAUGUGUACAAAAACUUCGAAUACUUAUCGAAGAUUCAGAUCAAAAUUUAAAAUAUAUUGGUUCACUUGCUAUGUCGACAAUCUUACAUACGCAUCCAAAAAGUAUUCAAUCACAUAGUGAUUUAAUAAUGCGUUGUCUUGAUCUUCUUUCUCGAAUGGUAACAAGAAAAGCUCUAAUAGAUAUCGUACAUAAAUUAAUGAUUCAUAUGGAUAAAUCUGAAGGAUCACUUUAUCGAGAUGAAUUAGUUUCAAAAAUAAUUGAAAUAUGUAGUCAAAAUGAUUAUCAACAUAUAACUAAUUUUGAAUGGUUUACAUUUAUUUUUGCAAUUCUUCUCGAAAAUGCUUAUGUUUUUAUUCAUGAUUCAAAUUCUACACCUGUUGUCGAAGUUUUAUAUGCUGCUGCAUGGAUUUGUAGUGAAUUUUGUUCGAAAGUCAAUAACGUAAAACAAAAUUAA